AUGGCCGUUUUUCUGGCUAAAGUGGCAACAUUGAAAACAGUAAAUUUUCUAGUGCUGUGUAUUGCUGUCAAUUUAUUAGAAAGAAAGAAGAUCGAAUCGCUAGGCAAGAUGACGGCGAUGACGCAGGAGGAAAUGGUGGCGGGGGCAAGGACAGUCGCCGCGGGUCUUGAAGCUCUAAGGGCAGAACAUGCUCAGCUUCUCGCGGGGUUAGCAUCCAAUACAGAUCAUGAACAUGAGAAGGCAUCCCUCGUCAGGAAAAGCAUCGACGCUAUUGAACUCGGACUCGGAGAGGCACAGGUAAUGAUGGCCUUAGCCUCCCAUCUACAAUCUGUGGAGGCCGAAAAGCAGAAGCUCCGUACCCAAGUUAGGAGACUGUGCCAAGAAAAUGCAUGGCUCCGUGACGAGCUCGCAGCUGCACAACAACACUUGCAAGCUUCGGAACAACGAGUCGCGCAGUUGGAAGAGGAGAACAAGCACUUGGACUUCAUGGCUUCUAUACGCAAAUACGACAGCGAUGUGAACGAGGAGUCUGACACAAACCGUAGCGGACAAAGCGAAAAGAAGCGAGAUGAUCCGAUGGUGGACCUUUUCCCUGAUGAUGAUCAUGAGGACAACAGGAACAACAAAUCCAUGUCACCCACGCCACCAAUGCACUUCGCACAGCAAGUAAACGCUGGAUACGAGAUUCCCGCUCGUCUCAGGACACUCCACAAUCUGGUGAUUCAGUAUGCUUCCCAGGGCAGGUACGAGGUAGCCGUGCCCCUCUGCAAACAAGCUCUAGAAGACCUGGAGAAGACAUCUGGACACGAUCAUCCUGAUGUUGCUACUAUGCUCAACAUUUUGGCGCUGGUGUACAGAGACCAGAACAAAUACAAGGAGGCGGCCAAUUUGUUGAACGAUGCUCUCUCUAUUCGUGAGAAGACUCUCGGCGAGAACCACCCCGCCGUGGCCGCCACGCUCAACAACUUAGCGGUGCUGUACGGCAAGCGAGGCAAGUACCGUGAGGCAGAGCCGCUGUGCAAGCGCGCCUUGUGCAUCCGCGAGGCGGUGCUGGGGCGCGACCACCCCGAUGUUGCGAAGCAGCUUAACAACCUCGCACUGCUCUGUCAGAACCAGAACAAAUAUGAAGAAGUGGAGCAAUAUUACCAGCGUGCGUUGGAGAUCUAUGAAAGUAAAUUGGGCCCUGACGACCCCAAUGUUGCCAAGACGAAAAAUAAUCUCGCCUCUUGCUAUCUAAAACAGGGCAAGUACAAGGAAGCAGAGACGCUGUACAAGCAGGUGCUGACGCGAGCUCACGAGCGGGAGUUCGGCACCAUCGACGGCGACAACAAACCGAUCUGGCAGGUGGCUGAAGAACGCGAAGAGAACAAACACUUGCAGAAGGAGAAUGCACCCUAUGGGGAAUACGGUGGCUGGCAUAAGGCUGCGAAGGUUGACUCCCCCACGGUAACGACGACGCUGAAGAACCUGGGCGCGCUGUACCGGCGCCAGGGCAAGUACGAGGCGGCCGAGACCCUGGAGGACUGCGCGCUCCGCAGCAGGAAGGAGGCCCUGGACAUCGUGAAGCAAUCCCGCGGGCGCGGCCGCCACGUGCGCGACGCGGAGCCCGCACACGACGCGCACGACGAGGGCGCGAACCAAGCGAGCGAACCACGCAUGAACCUAAAGUCAAAGCUGUUCAAUGCUCUAGGGAUCAACACCGGGAGCAAUCCGCCGCACCAGUAG